UGUUAUAUGUAGUCUAAGAAAAACUUAUCAAACCAAAACCUUUAACGUCGUCCAAUAUGUCUAUUAUCCCCCUUUCCUUCUUUUCUGUCCUCUUAUUGAGCUUCUUCAUCUCCCAAACCCAUGCCUUCUCAAAACCCAUAUCAAAAGAAGAAAUGGGGCUUAAACAACAACAAAACUUAACACAUCUCCACUUUUACUUCCAUGACUACGUUCAAGGUGCUAAUCAAACCGCGCUUCGCAUUGCCCAAGCCCCAACGACGGACAAGUCUCCCGGUGCCUUUGGCGCCCUUGUGAUGAUCGAUGAUCCUUUGACGGAAGGCCCCGAACACGACUCGAAAAUCGUGGGGUACGCACAAGGGAUGUAUGGAUUUGCUGAUCAAAAGCAAGCUGGAUUACUAAUGGUUAUGAAUUACGUUUUUGUAGAGGGAGAAUAUAAUGGAAGUACAUUGAGUGUUUUAGGGAGGAAUCAAGUGAUGAAUAAGGUGAGAGAGAUGGCUAUUGUUGGUGGGAGUGGAGUGUUUAGGUUUGCUAGUGGCUAUGCUCAAGCUAAGACUAUUUCAAUGCUGGAUUCAAGUGGUGCUAGUGUUGUUGAGUAUGAUGUUUAUGUUCAACAUUAAUUAAUCUUUAUAUUGGAGAUGAAGUGAUGUUUUGUUUCUUUACUUGGCUACAAAAUCCGAUUCAUAUUUGAUUUACUUGAGAUA